ACUGCCAUGACGACGCCAGCCGCGGACGCCGCGGGCGCCGCGGAGCUGUCGCGGUGCGAAAAGUUCCGCGACGAGGCCUUCUCCAGCAACCCCGCCGUGCGCUUCAUGUUCAAGCACCUCAAGCGCGGCGGCUGCGAGCUCGACCGCGCAAAGGUCGAGUGCCGCCGCUGCGACGGGCAGCUCGCCGGCGGAUUCCAGGACGACGGCGGCAUCCUGCUCUGCUCGAACCAUCUCACUACGCAGGCGCACGCGUCGAAUACCCUCGUACACGAGGCCGUGCAUGCGUUUGAUGCUUGCCGUGCAAAGGUUGACUGGGGGAAUUGCGUGCAUCAUGCGUGCAGUGAGAUUAGGGCCGCGACGCUGUCCGGGGAUUGUGACUUUACGAGAGAGGUACUGCUUAGGCGGAACUUUGGCUUUGCAAAGCAGUUUCAGAGAUGUGUUAAGAGAAGGGCCGAGCUUUCGGUGUCCCUCAAUCCCUAUUGCGAUCCACUCGAGACAAAGCUAGCAGUUCAAGAGGCUUGGGACUCGUGUUUCAACGACACGGCCCCUUUCGAAAAAAUACCCUGA